CAAUCUACUUGGUCACUUCCAAAUUUAAAUUGCCACCUAUGAUUGACAUGGAUAAUAAUAAUAUAUUCCAUUUCCCAAUCAUCAUCCGCCACCUCCCUAUUUCUUAUAUUUUUUCGUCUUUCUAUUCUUCCUUUAUAAACUCUACCCAUCUCCACAUUCACAUUUUCUAUUUUCCCCCUCGCUUGGCAACCCAGAAAAUUACUUUACCUUUUUUUCCUUUUUCCACGGAAGAAUCUAAGAUCAAUGGAAGUUCCUGUUCUAAACAGGAUUACUGAAUUAGGACCAAAUCUGGGAUCGCUUCCCAAUCCCAGUUUUCUCUCUAGAAUUUUCACUUCCGUUUUCCCAUCCCAACAUUUUUGGAAAUGGGCUGCUCUCAUUAUUGCUUUCUUGGCCACAUUUCCCGGAAUAAUCAAUCGUGUUAAGGUUUUUAUCAUCGUCUGUCGUCGGAGAACUAAAACUACGUCGAUUUCCGAACCUCUCUAUCGAUCUCUCCACUUCGGAGACAGCCGUGGUUUAGUUUCAAAGAAUCUCAAAUCUCCUCUGCUUUCAAGCUCUGAAUCGGAGGAUGAGAAUGAGAGGGAUCGGGAACACAACAACGACUCCGAUUUUCGGGUUAAAGGCUCAAGUCUGUUUUCUGGUGAAUUUGACGGUGGCUGUCGUUCUCGUCACCGGCGACGGCCCUGCAACGGUGGAGGCAACGGAGAUUUGUUUUCGUGGCCAUGUUUUGGGUUGGAGAGAAGCGUAGUGAGGCAAUGGGGUGAUGUGAAAUUGAAAUGCGAGUUUGAGGAGCUGAGUGGGAGUAUGAUUUCGUUGUACGACGUGAAUGAAGAGGCGGAGAUUUGUUCAAUUUUGAGCGGCGGAGGUUCGCUGAAAGCGGCGGCAGUAUCGCCGAGAAGAAUGGUGGUGGCUGCCAAUGAGGGUGUUUCGGCGAAUGUAUCACUGAAGCUCUGGGACACGCGUGGCAGAAGCCGGACGCCGGUGGUGGGGAUGGAGUGGGAUUCACCGUCCGGAAAUAUUGUUGAUGUUUAUUACGAGGAUGUAGGAAAUUUGUAUGUUAGAGAUAAUGAAGCGGCCGGAAUAAUGAUAGGCGAUGUCAGAAGAGCUAGUUCAGGGUGGGAGAAAUUGACGGCGGGCGGUGGUGAAGGCUUGUGGGAAGUGGGACAGUAACGCCGUUUAUAGUUUUGUUAGAGAAGUUUGGUGGUAACGACCGUGAGUGGGACGCUUGCUCCAUUGGAACUUUUGUAGAUAUUGAAUUUCCCAGCAUUAAAAAUAAAUUAUUUUAGUGUUGUUCGACAGUGGACUCACGUGGUGGUUGUGAUCAUGUGAAAUUGUGAAUACAGUCAUAAAUCGCUUUUUUUA